GUUCGUGCUCCUGACUCCUCCUCCUCUCCUCCUCUCUCUCUCCUCUCUUCCUCUCCUCUCUCAGUUGCAGUGGGACAGUUCUCUUGUUCCUCGGUGUUUGAGCUCGUGCUCCUGACGCGCAGAGGACACGCGCUCAUCUCUGGAGCUCGCGCGGAUCUGUCUCUCUCUCUGUCUCUCUCCUCCUUCUCCCGCUCUUUCUCUCUCCCUCUCCCUCCCUCUCUCUCUGUCUCUCCAUCUCUUCCUCUCGUGUUGUUUUCCCUUCUGGAUCCUGUGAUUUGUAUUUUGUUUUCACUCCACACCGGAGGAGCGGGAGUUGUUUUGGCGCAUGGCGGAUCCCGCGCUGUUGGUUUGCGGAUGAUAAAGAUGAUGGUCCGGUUCAAACGCGCAGUGCCCCGGAGAAACAGCUGAGGAUUUCACUCAAACAGGGACUGGACGCUCCUGAGGGAUGGGGACAAAUGCGCUCCUGCUGCUCAAACUUUUCGUGGUUGGGAUUUUGGUGAACGCCUGGAUGACGAGAGCAGUGUCGGGAGCGGAGACGCUGGAGGCCACGUUGCCGCGGCGAGGGGCGUGUAACGAGUCGCGUCUGCAGUGGGAGGUGGAGGUCUGCGGGGAGCACUUCAAAAAGGACAUGGCUCUGAUCCAGCCUCAGUACUGGUGCAACCUCACGUACUUCAUCAGCGAGUACCACCUCUUCACCCUCUGCACCGAAACCAAGUCCCACUACGUCGACUGCUACUGGCCCAACCCGCUGGUGGAGGGUUACAUCAUCCGGAUCCACAAGCUCUUCUUCUCCAACUGCACGCUGGAGCAGGUGGUGUGGGUGGACCCGCCGGACGACACCCUCAUCGUCCUCAUCCUCGUCCCCAUCUUCCUCACGCUGGCCAUGAUCGCGCUGGUCGUGUGGUGCAGCAAACGGAGCGACCUCUUAGCGUAAAAAAGGGACCGUCCCAUCGAGUAGCGCUUCCAAAAACCAAAACACGAUGCACGAUAAGGGAAAAAAAACAAAAACAACAGCAGCACAAAGCGUCGCACGAUACACCAAAAAUGGAACGAAAACGAAACGAUUCUCGAGUUCAAUGAAUCUCUUUUAUUUUGCCUGACAGCUCGACCGAUGGGACUUGGGAGCGAAAUGUCAGCGCAGUAUUUAAAGCUCUUAAGCUCUCAACGGCCGACCUCCGACCUUUUCCUCGGAGCGCAGUUUUUUCGAAGGCCAAAGCGUCACCGAGAAUCAAAAGGAUCAUGGGAAAACAGACCCCUUAAGGACUCCAAAUGUAACAUAAACUUUAACUUAAAAAAAACAACAAAAAACUGCGCGACGACGGGAGCGACACUGACCAAAUUUGGAGCGUUACGUUGAAACCGACCUUCGCCACUGGAAAACGACGGAGACACUGGUGCGUGGGACCCAAAGACGAGCGACUGUGUAAAUAUAUUUGAACAGUAACUUAUAAAAAUAUUGCGUAUACAAAGAGCGGCAGAUGUGAGUCCGUGUGUGUAGAGUGUGCGUUCUACUGUAACGUCCCUGUUUCUGUUGCAUCACUGUUUUUUUAACGACGAUCGAUGGGGAAAAAGGGAGUUUGAUUUGAUUUGUGUGGGUUUUUUUUUGUUUUUUUGUUUUGUUUUUCUUGCACAGAUGCUGCACGCCUCAAGGCAAAGUCUGAUCUGUUCUGUUCAAAGAUGUUUUCACCUGCACUGAAGCCCCUUACCAUUAAAAAUAUCGCCUGUACAAAACAACUGUCUGUGUGUUUAAGCUCUAAGGGUGACGUUGUGUUCUUGGGCAAGACACUUAACCCACCUCGCUCCCGGCGUGUGAGCGUUUCCUUGAUGUAAAGCGUUUUGAGUGACUUUAAGGUGGAAAAACUCUGUAUAAACAUGUGAUUAUUUACCAUUUAACAAUAAAAUUAUGGUUAAAUUUCUAUUUCUACAUAAAAAUAAAAGUGUGGUACAUGUUGGUAGAAAGUUAAGUUAGUUAGUUAGUUAGUUGGUUAGUUAGCAUGUUGAGAAAGGCUUUUUAGCUUUUUAUUAACUCUAUAUCACAUGUGUCAAACUCAAGGCCCGUGGGCCAAAUGCGGCCCGUCACGUCAUUUUAUGUGGCCCAUGACAAAGUAAAUUAAAAGGUAUGACUGUUUUAAUGUCAGUUUAUCAUUAGAUACACAGUUAAACAUCUAUACAAAUCAUAUCUAUACAAAUCCAUAUGCAGUAUUUGUAAGUAGUAAUAAAUAUAGAAACGGUUAAUUAACAAGAUUCAAAAGUAGCUGCAUUUAUUUUACUUUAAAUUUGAACACAUUUAGAGACAUUUAUCUUACAGUUAGUUACAUCAGGCCUUUUGAGAGCGACCAUUUUGUUUAUGCCGCCCUUUGUGAAAAUGAGUUUGACGCCGCUGCUCUAUAUCGUCGGAUUCUCUCGCCACCGUUAGACUCGUCGUUGUGGACUUUCCAUCACCGUAACUCCGCAACCGAUUGUGCUUCAUGUAAAUCCAAACGGCGUCUCAAAGCAGAGACAUGAGGCUCUUUAAGGACUGAGCACAUGAUAGUCCACAUGUGUCAAACUCAAGGCCCCCGGGCUAAAUGUGGCCCCCCAUGUCUUUUUAUGUGGCCCACAACAAGAUAAAUUUAAAGGUUUGACUGUCUUAAAAUGUCAUAUUUUUACAUCUAUGGAAAUAUAUAUGCAGUAUUUGUAACUCAAAAAAGAAAUAAAUACAGAGACAGUU